AUGAGUCCCGCCGGGUACGGAGGGCGUGAGUCCCAGGGCCGCCGCCCCCCACAGCCGAUGCCCACACCCGGCCGGCCGCCUUGGUCGCUCGCCUGCGUUGACCCUCAGGGUCCGAGCAGCCACCAAUCCCCCACCACUCUUGCAGAAGACUGCGUCUGCAUCGAGAGCCACCUACCUGGGCGUCCAGGCUGCACGCCCCGCGGGCUCCUCGACCGCGGCGUCCGGCCCCUCGAGGCUCGCUGGAUACGCCGCCAGCCAGCUCCAGUGGCCCGAGUGACUUCCAGACUGCCCACUUCCAAGCCGCUUCGGGCGAGGCCUCCUGGGAACUGUAGUUUCACCCGAAGAAGCAGCGCGCUGGAGAGAGCCUGGCGCGCGGGUGCUGCCGGGAGUCGUAGGCGCCCCACCGCGCUGCCUUCUGGGAAUAGUAGUCUAAUGGUCGCCUGGGUGCUGCUCCAGUCUCCCGAGGACUUCCGCAGCCCCGAGGGGCCGAGCCCGCACUCGCCCUACCCGUACCCGGUCGGGAGUCUUGUCGCAGGUAACCGUCGCGGCUCCUGCCUUAAAGAGGCGGACACACCUACCUUCCCGCCCUCGCCGCGCGGGAUCAAAUCUUUAGAGACGCCAAAGAGUGAAGUAAUUGUGCUGAGUGACCGAUCCCAGAUACUGUUCAAAGAAUCUCGCUAUCCUCAGAAUAUGCCAUUUAUAUGUCAUUACACCACUGACGCUCACUUCUUUGCUUCCCUCUCUUGGGUGCCAUCCUACACCAAAGAAAUACUGGCUGUAGUAUGGACAAAGAGCAAAACGGACGACAUGAUGGAGAAGAGAACUUUCACAAUGACUGAUCAGCUGCCACCCAUCCAGGCAAUAGUUCAUGCAGGUUCCUUUCAUGUCAUCGUGACCUACUGUGGUGACAUGAUCCUGCGGCUCUUUGGGGACCAUUUGCAGGCAUUCAAAUCCCUGGGCAUCGUGCCUUGUCGCUUCAACAUUAGCUGCCUCUGCUAUGAUCCAGAAACAAAGAUGCUUCUGUCUGGAAUCCGAGGGGGAGUGGUCACCUGGACCAUUGAGCAGACCGGCAAGGGCCUCCAGAUGGCCAACAUGUUUCCCAUGCCUGGUGAUGAGCUUGUCCAAGACAUCCUGCUGAAUGGCCCCAAUGGCUGCCUCCUGGCUCUGUGUGAGACUGUGGUGAGGGUCCUUGAGCGCCAGGGUUUCGGCCAUCUGGGAGAGGUACAGAGGUUCACAGCCACUAGCAGCGGCUCCUCCAUCACCUGCUGUUUCACUUCAAUUGAACAGAGCCUUAUCUAUGCUGGGAACAGGGCUGGGGAAGUCCACGUGUGGAACCUCAGUAAGAGCUCACCACUCCACAGCUUCAGGGCCCAUUCCUUGUUAGUGGUAUGUAUCCAGAGCCGGUCAGAGGCCCACACCCUGUUGACAGCUGGCAAGGAAGGCUUAAUCAAGGAGUGGAACCUCACUUCAGGGAACCUGCUCCGGCGACUUGAACUUGGCGAGGAGCUGUAUGCCCUCCAGUUUAUCGACAACACUACUUUCUUCUGCCAAACAACGCAUAGUUUUUCCUUGCACCGUCUGCCCUCUUUCUACAGUCUCUUCAAUAUCUGUGGCUCUGCUCCCCAAGAGUUGCGUCGGGUCCGCUGUAAAGACAACUGGCACCGGAUCCUCUGUACUACUGAGGACGGCCUGUUGCGCUUUGUGUCCCCUGUAACAGGAGAACUUUUGCUUCUCACUUGGCCUUUCUCAAUCCUGGACCGGGCUGUAGAUUGGGCCUAUGAUCCAGGUAAAGAGGAACUCUUUGUAGCAACGGGCACCUCAGAGGUGCUGGUGUUUGACACAACCCGCUGCCCGUGCCCACCCAAGUAUCUCUUAUGUACCUCACCAGAUGUUCAGGACUUUGUACAAUGCCUGGCUUAUGGGAAUUUCCACCUGGAGCGGGGGGUGGAAGGACUGGUAUUCUCUGGGCAUCAGAGUGGUAUCAUAAGAGUGCUUUCUCAGCACAGCUGUGCCAGAAUCGAGAAAGUCAUGCACUUUGGGGCUGUAUUGUCACUGUCAACCCUCCAUGGAGGGGUUUUGCAUAGCCGAGAAAACGCUUUGCUUUGCUCCUAUGGGAUGGAUGACUUCAUACAGCUGUCAGAAGCUGUUUUUGUUGGGGCCAGAUUGCAGCUGCGGACCCUGGCUAGCAUUCUCAGCAGCCGUCCUCUCACACACCUGGUCCUCUUACCCAGGGCUGUCAGUGCCAUCACGGACACGAACUGCCUGCGUCUCUGGAAGUUCCGUGAUUUUCUGUCCUUUGAGGCACGACAAGGUUCCAAGGUCAUCGAGACAUUGCCUCUGCACCAGUGCACCAUCACCUCCUUUGAUGUCUGCUUGCCCUUGAGUCUUUUUGUCACAGGUGGUUCUGAUGGCUCCGUCCGGAUCUGGGACUUCCAUGGUAGACUCAUAGCCAUGCUGGACUCAUCGCUGUACUUUGGCCCACUCUGCUUUGCAAAUGACCGGGGUGACCUGCUCGUGUCUUUCAACCAGAGUCUUUAUCUGGUAUCCUGUUUUGAAUUUCUUUCCCCAUCCCUGCUCUCCCGCCUUAUCCUUCUGAGUAUAACAGAUGACAUAGUAGAAACCCCAAAACCUUUCAUACCAAGCUUCUUCUUUUCCUUUGAGGCUUUGUUUGUGCCCAGGUAUGGCUUCCAUGAUCAACAGAAACAGGAAUUACAGGGUCUGGCAAGCCUCGUCAAUAGGCGGGCCAUUGCCUUUGACCAUAAUGUGCCACACGUCAUAGAAGAAGAUGAUGAUGGGACCCCGGUGUUACUGAACACCCCCUGGCAUGAUUCUUUGGAGGGAACUGAAUUGACAGAGACGAGCAAACCUCCCCAAACUCAUUAUGUGAUUCCUCCUCAGUUGCAGUUGACAACCUGGGAUGGGCUCAACCCCUUCCAGAUACUGAGAUGCUACUUUGGUCAUGGGAGGGAAUGGCUUCUUGCUCCUGAUUGCUACAUCCCCAACUCAGUGAUUCGUGCCCGCCUUUGGCCAGAGGGCAGUCCGAUAUUCCUUCAGUGUAGCCUCCACCCACCGCAACGGCCACUGGAAUGGGACAAGUUUCCACCAUUCUUAUUCUGGCAUGGCAGGGUAAGAACAGUGAGUGAAGGUGGGUGUGUUUCAGAGAAAGAGGACGAAAGCUUCAUAGGAUCAAGACUAUCCAAGGAUGUCACUUACAGUGUUCUUACAGAUGCAGCCAACCGCAGUUGGCUGGGGAAAAGGAUGAGUGAACUAGCUAUUAAUACCCUGAUCGAGACAAUCCUCAACGUUAUGACCCGCGCCAACCCUCUGAAAUUCCAGUGCUGUAUUGGUGCACUAGGGCAAAUCUUUGCCUCCUACCAGGUAUCGCCAACCCUGCGCUCAGAGACAGCGCACCGUCUGCUAGAUGAUACAACCCAUUCCAACCCACUGAUCCGAGAACUAGCCUGGGAAGGGCUGAAGCAUCUAGGAAUGAUUACUCAUCUCUUUGCCUUGCCUCUGGCCCAGGGGUUAAUGGACAAAGACUCAAGAGUGAGAACUAAAGCUUUGGCCCUAAUGACUGACACUGGCAUCCACUCUAAGUCUUCCCUCUUAAAUUUGAUCCAGAAACGAGACGUCUUCCAGGAAAUGCAGCAAGAGAUGAUUGGGGAGAAGUCCCUGGACCAUCUGCUGGGGAUGCGGCCCACAGAUCUCCAGAUCCUUCUCACUCAAGUGGAGCAGCAACUAAAUGAUAACCUGACUCUAUCUAAAGGAGAUAAAAAGCUUGAUUUUUUUUUAGAAGUCCCAGGGUCUCAUGGACCUAGUACGACCACGAUGCCUCUUGUAAUUCCUGAAGAACCUGAAGUCAAAGUCAGCAAAAGCCAAAGACGAGUCCAAACAGCUGGCAAAAAGCAUGCCCAAAAAUGGAUGCGAAGACUCAGAAAGGUGAAAGAAGCGGCCAGACAGCGGAAACUAGAGGCCAGUCCUCUUCCGGUGGAGAAUUCGAGCGACCUGGGUGAAGCUGAAACAGUGGAGGCAGAGGAGAUGGCUGUCUACUCCAGGUCUUCAGUUGGUAGCCUAAUAAAAAGCCCCAAAGAUCUUGAACUUUCAGAUAAAGAUAUCUUAAAGGAGCAUAUUUCUGUAGCUAUGAAAUUGAGGAAAAGGUCCAAAGUCUCAGAUAAAAAAGAGAAGAAAAAGCACAAGAAGAAGAAAAAAGAAGGUCCAGUUCCAGUUCCAGUUCCAGCUGAGGAACUUUUGCCUCCCAUACUGGAAGUGCCUAGGAGGAGACGGGCUAAAGCUUUUGCGCGGGGUGCUAGUGGAAUGCCCGGCAGGAUUCUCACCUCGGAAAGGGCAUGGCGGGAUGCUCUGUGUCAACUCUUGAACCUGAGGAUAUCUGGUUCCCAAACAGAGAUGUCACAAGAUCUAAACGCUGAGCUACUGGCUACAGCUCAGGAGGUGCUGACAGAUCAGCACCCCGGCUGGGACCUAUUUCAGGAGAUAUGCCCCCUCUUGGGGGACGAAGCUGAAGCCCUGGCGGAGGAAACUGAGUGGGAGGUAGCUUGGCAAGAAGAAAAACCAAUUUUCACCAUAGAAGGAGCUAUUAAAGAGGAUAUGGUGAUCGCAGAUGAGGAAGAGAUGGAAGACAUGGAGAAGGAAGAAGAAACAGAACAGGAGAAACAGGAGGUGGAGGGAGUGACUCCAAGAAAAGGCAAGAAGAAGGAAGUUGUUUUCUCAGAAUCAGGUGACCUACCCAAGGGAAAACGAAAGCCAAAGAAGAAAGAGAGGAAAGGUAAGAAGUUGCCUAGGCAAAAAAAAAUGGCCCAGGAAAAAAUGAAAGCCGCUAAAAAGGAGAAGAAAGUCAUCAAAGAAGAGUUGGUUGGGCCUCAGGAAGUAGAGGCCAAAGCCAAGGCCAUGGUAGAGGAAGAGGAGGAAGUGACAGAGCCAGCCGUGCUUGAGAUUAAGUUGUCUUGGCAAGAGUGGAAGGAAGCAUGGGACAGGAAGCAUUCUGAGGAAGAGGAGAGAUGCAGGGCUGAGGGGAAGCCAUUGCCACGUGAGGAAGAGGGGGGGAAGAAGAAGCUGAAAUGGGAUGAGGGGAAAGAGAUGUGGGCAAACAUUAUGUUCAAGACCAAAGAUGAGAAAGAACUGGCUCUGGGAGAAAGACUGUUGGAGGGGGAGGAGGAGGAAGGGUCUCAGGAGUGGGGCGAGGAAGAAGAGAUGUUCACAGAGGAGCAGAGACAGAUCCGUGAGGAACACAUACAGGCCAGGAAAUGGAGGAGACAAGCCCAGGCUGAAAGACAGCGAGCCAGAGAGCAGAGGAUUCUAGCAGAGGAAGAAGAGAAACUUGCCCGGGAAGAGAAAAGGCUAGCCCAGGAGGAGAGAAAACUGGCCUAUGAAUACAUGAGAAAGACCUCUGUUGGAAAAAUGACCCAUAUAGAGAAGGCCUUUGCUGAGAAAGAGGAGAAUCUGGCCAAAGCAGAGGAAGCACUAAGUCAAGAAACAGAACAAUUGGCCCAGAAAAAAAAGAAACUGGCUAGGAAAAUGGAGAAAAUCGCUCAAGAAGAAGAGAAACUAGCAAAGAAAAUCGAGACAGUAGCUGUGGUAAAAAUCCUAUUGGCCCAGAAAAUGGAAGCCGUGACCCAAAAGGAACAGCAUCUGGACUGGCAAGAAAAGGAACUGGAGGAGGAAUGGAAAGGCCCGGAACGGGACAUGCGGGAAGUAGUUUGGAAGGAGGAUCAGCUGAAUGAAGAAGAAGAAAAACUGAGUGAGGAAAAGGAGACACUGGCUAAGGAAGAGAAGAUGCUGAGAGUGCGAGAGAAAAACCUGGCUUUGGAAGAGAGACUCCUGGCCCAGGAGAAAGAGCUGCUGAUCCAGGAAGAGGAGGAACUUGCCCAGAACGAGUCAACACCCGAGGAAGUGCAGAGACUGGAGGAGAGAAGAGAGAAGCUGAUGGUGAAGGUAGAGAAACUGGUAGAGGAAAGGGAAAAUCUGGUCCUGACCAAAAGAGAACUGCUAGAGAAGAAAAGCCAGCUGGCCAAGGAAGUCAAGAAUCUGGUCCAAGAGAGGAGCAUUCUGUCUCAGGAGAAGGAGGACUUGGCUGAACGGGAAGAAACUUUCAAGUCUCUCCUAGAAAAACACCUCAAAGGAAAAGAACAACUUGAGGAAGUGAGGAAGAAGUUAGAGACAUACACAGAGAAGCUAGGUCACAUGGAUCAGAAGCUGAGGCACGAACAUGACACGUUGGUAGAGAAGAAAGUUAAGAUGACUGAUAUGGAGGAGAAACUGGCUCAGGCAGAAAUAAUCCUGACUGAAAAGCAGAAGAAAUUGGCCCAGGAAAAAAUGAAAUUAGCCAAUGAGAGGAAGACAUUGAUACAGAAAAGCAAACUGUUCAGAGAGGAGAUAGAGAUUGCUAAGGAAGAAGUAGCAGCGAACACAGAAAUGGGGACGUUAGCCCAGGAGAAGGCAAAGCCAGCCGAGCAGUCAGAACUCCUCCCUAGGAAAGGGACUGAGCAUGAGAUAGAGCUAAUGAAGAAAAGAGUGUCCCUGGAGGAGAAGAUUCUAGCAUAUCAGGACAGACUGCUGGCCACGGAGGAAAAGGACGCUGCCAAAGGAAAACUGGAAGUUACCAUGGCAGAGAGAAUAUACGCCCAAGGAGAAAGGAGGUUAGCCAAGGCAGACAAGAACCUGGGUGUUUCCAAGCUACCCCGAAUGAAAAAAUCCUUAAAGGCACUUCAGAAACUACUCAGCAACGAAAAGAAACUCAUCCAGGAAGAAACCAAGUUAACAAAGAUAAAGCGGACACUCAUGGUUAAGGAGAGCCGACUGAGUAGGGAGGAGGACAGACUUGACAUCAAAGAGUUCGAUGGCUCUGAAGAACAAUCAGAAGUCAUCCAAGAUGAGAGGAAACUGGCCAAGAAGCAGAGACAUCUGGCCGAGGAAAUGAGAAAACUGACAGCCCAAGAGGAAAAAAUGGUUAAGGAAGAAAGUCAACUUAACAGUGAACAAUCAGAAAUCAGAGAGGCGGAGGCGGAGGAGGAGGAGGAGGGGGGAGAAAGAAAGAAAGAGGAAGAGGAGGAGGGGGAGGGGGAGGAGGAGGAGGAGGAGGAGGUGGUGGAGGAGGAAGAGGAGAUCGAGGAGGGGGAGGAGGAGGAAGAAGGGGAGAAGAUCGAGGAGGAGGAAGAAUUAUCAGAGUCUAAAGAAAGCACAGUUGAGGAAGAGACAGAAAGUCUGAGUGAGACAGAAGAGUCAGACAAAGAGACCCAAGAAGACAGACGCUCAUGGGAAGAAGUGGCCUGGAAAAAAGAGGUCUGGAAAAGAGAGAAAAUGCAAAAGUUAUCAGAGGCAACAAAGGUCCUGCAAACAAGGGAGAUCGUCCCUUCCAUCCAAGAAGGAAUCCCUGAGGUGAAGGGGAAUGCUAUGAAGUUGGGAGGGCUGAAAACCCCACUCAGAAAACUGUCCAUAGCAGCUCCAGAGAUGGAAAGGAGGAGACUCUUGCCAUUGGAAAUAAAACAACCAUUCAGGGAAGAAAAGGCCACAAUCCUCAGGACAUCCAAGAUAUUCCUAAAGACCAAGUUGACAGAUAAAGAGAGGGAACUGUUGGAGAAAUAUAAAUCCGAACAUCUACCCAGUUUGGAUACAAUCUCAGAGUGUAAAGAGCCUUACACGAGGACACCAUUCAUGACUCAAAUGAUCAGAAAAGCCAUGGAGGCUCAUAGACUCCAACAGAGAACACCACAUGAAAAGUGGAGUUCGUUUUUGCAGCACUAUCCUUCUCUGACAGGACAAACAAUGCCUCUUCCUGACAUCUUGACAGAGGGACAAUAUCCAAAGGUACAUCUCUCAGAUAUAGGUUGGAUAUACCAUGUCUUAGAACAGAUGGAUGCAGGACAAGACAUUCCCAGAGAUAGUUUCCACAGAUUGUGUCAGCUCCUCAAAGACCUUACCUCAACGGGAGAACUGGAGUGGCUACACCUGGCCAUACUUGAAGCCAUCGUGCGCCGUCACAAACAGGUUGUGGAAUCACGAGGCACAGUGAUUUCAAAACCCAGUAGGGAACCCAUGAGUUCCAAACACCUGAAAGUGAUUCCUCCCAUAAAAGGAAAGGAAAAGGAGAGUUGGCUAAAACCUCCAGAGCUGCCAUUAGUUACCAAGAGGGUUUCAGAUCCAAAGGCUAUUCAUUGGCAUCUUCUAGGAGAGCCAUACCGGAGUGCACGGAUGCAGCAUUUAUCUGGUGUUCUUCAGGAAAUGGAGACACAACAUCUUCAGCUUGCUAUGAGAGAUGUUUUGACAGGUGUCCAUCCUUCUGUGAAUCAACAAACCCUGGCACUGAUGUUUCAAAGGGACUUCUUGGAUUUGAAAAGUAAAGGCAAAUAUCCCAAACUGCCCAAGUUAAAGAAGACAAAGCCCAUCUCGAAAAAAAGGGAAGAGGUACCACCAUGGGACACAUUUGUGGCACUCUACCAUGUUUUGCGGAUGCUGCAGCAGAAGUAUGCCAAAGACACCACUGCUUGGAUGGAACAGUUCCACCAGCUCAUGGACCUGUACCAGCUUAAGUCCCCCCGAGUCCAGAGGCUGCUACAGGACCUGUUACUGACAGAAAAGACUCUAUCUCAGGAGGUCGUCUCCAAAGAUGUCCUGAAGGCCAUGGAGCUAGUGCCUGGAGAGCGGCUGUUCUACUGCCUAGUUUGUGGUCGCUCUCAUACCCCCAAAAUCCCUCUGGAGUUCCAUGAUGUGAUACCCCUUCCUGAACAGAAUAAUGUACAGACCAUCCAUACCAAAGGCAUUGUCCAGUAUGGGAUCCUAGAACUUGCCUGGAAGAGCCUGCCCCAAGCCGAUAUUCACCUCACCAAGAAAUUGCCCCGCCUUAUAGUUCCUUCUCCCUAA